UCUUUCAACAUGAACAGCUCAGGAUCUCCUGGGGCUCCUAUGAUGCAGUAUGCUGUGCACUCAAGGGAUGCCACUCAUCCUUACGUGCUGUCGGACAAUAAUGUAGUGGCACAAGCCACUACUGGAGAUAUGUCAGCAUAUCAGAUUCACUCUCCUACCUCAAGCCUUUCCCAGGUGAUGAGCAACUCACAUGGCUCUCUGCCAAGCCCUCAGGAGCUGACUGAGGAGGCAUCACGCAAGAGGGAACUCCGUCUGAUGAAAAACAGGGAGGCUGCACGGGAAUGCCGUCGGAAGAAGAAAGAAUAUGUCAAAUGUCUCGAGAACCGAGUUGCUGUACUUGAAAAACAAAACAAGACACUCAUUGAAGAACUCAAGGCUCUUAAAGACCUGUACUCUCACAAAACCGAAUAGCUGUAAUCCAUUGCAAGUCACUCACUAAAGACUUUGCCGUAUACAGAUUUGCCACAGAGUGGUAAACAUGGUUUUCACACAAUGUCUAGCCAACUAUCGAAUAAGUUGACAGCUGCAUGGUUGUGUCGUCCCAUGUACCUAAGAUGGUGAUGUGUGCAUGUGUGUAUGCUGGUGGCCACAGAAAGCUCCAGAGCCAGUAUGGUGUGUUGUGUUGCCCGUGUUACUUGUGCUUUUUGCAGGGAGUCGGCCAGACAGUGUAGGCGCAGGAGGAAGGAGUAUGUGCGGAGCUUAGAGACUCGCCUCGCCAUGAUUGAAAACCAGAAUAAGAAGCUAACCGAAGAGCUGGAGCAUCUAAAGGAAUCCUGUUUAUAUGGCA